AGCUACAAAAGUGUGACAGCUGUCUUAUUUCCUGCAGCUGUCGCUCUCCCUUCCAUUUUGCUGCUACUGGAUCUAAUAAAGAUUUGUUUUUCUGUCUAUGUUUGGGAUAAAUUAGGACUUGUAAUUGUUGUGUUAAUAGAAAAAUGUAUUGAGGAGAGCUUCAUAAUAAACAGCGACGUACUUGUGGAGAAUUUUGAACAAUGGAUCAAGAUAAUCAAGAGGGUUUUAUGGAAAGACAGGGCAGUUGUCUGCUAUUAAGGUGUGCGAGUCAAAAUUCAUUAGAUGAGAGUUCCCAAAAGCAUGUUUCGCAGAAUUGUCAAAGGCAAAUAUCAUAUAGGGAGAGAAGACCAUAUAAAAACCUUUUACAUACACAGAAAGCUUUUGAAAUAAUGAAUUCUAUGAGAAAACAAAAACUGUUAUGCGACGUUACAUUAGUUGCUAACUCUGUAGAAAUUCCUGCUCACAAGAUGGUAUUGGCAGCUUGUUCACCAUAUUUCUAUGCAAUGUUUUCUAGCUUUGAAGAAAGUAGACAAGACCGAAUUGUUAUACAGGAGGUUGAUCAUUACGCUUUAGAGUUACUGGUUGAAUAUUCUUAUACUUCUGAAGUUCAUGUUACUGAAGAAAAUGUUCAAGUACUUCUUCCAGCAGCUCAUUUACUGCAACUUACUGAUGUUAGAGAUGCGUGCUGUGAUUUUUUACAAUCUCAGCUGCACCCUACAAAUUGUUUGGGAAUAAGAGCUUUUGCAGAUUUACAUGGAUGUCUAGAUCUUUUGUCUAAUGCAGAGAGUUAUAUUGAAUUGAAUUUUCCGGAAGUAGUAGAAUGUGAAGAAUUUUUGACCUUAUCUCAACAGCAAGUUUCAAAACUGAUCAGCAGUGAUAGACUAACAGUCCCAUCUGAGGAAAAAGUAUUUGAAUGUGUUAUUGCUUGGGUACACCAUGAUGUGGAAAAUCGCCAAAAGCAUCUUGCUUCUCUAAUGGAACAUGUAAGACUUCCUCUGAUGUCUCAAGACUAUCUAGUCCAAAGAGUUGAAGAAGAACCACUUUUAAAAGCUGAUCUACAAUGCAAAGAUUAUUAUAUAGAAGCUUUAAAAUUUCAUUUGUUAAAAGGUGAUACUAAAAUUACAAUCAGAACACCAAGGACAAAGCCAAGACAACCUGUUGGACUACCUAAAGUACUGUUAGUAGUAGGUGGUCAGGCACCAAAAGCUAUCAGAAGUGUAGAAUGUUAUGAUUUUAAAGAAGAAAGAUGGUACCAAGUUGCUGAGAUGCCUACAAGGAGAUGUAGAGCUGGUUUGGCAGUUAUUGGAGGAAAAGUCUAUGCAGUUGGCGGUUUUAAUGGAUCUCUCCGUGUUAAAACAGUAGAUGUGUAUGAUGCCUCUCAUGACCUCUGGACUAGCUGUGAAUGCAUGGAAGCAAGGAGAUCUACUUUAGGAGUUGCUGUGUUGAACAACAGUAUUUAUGCUGUAGGUGGUUUUGAUGGGUCUACAGGACUAAAUACAGCUGAAGUGUUCGAUCUCAACACUCAGAAGUGGAAGUCCAUAGCUGCCAUGUCUACUCGAAGAAGUAGUGUGGGCGUAGGAGUGCUAAAUGGUUUAUUAUAUGCUGUUGGAGGGUAUGACGGUGCAUCUAGACAAUGUUUAAGUUCUGUAGAGUGCUAUAAUCCUGAGACUGAUAAUUGGAGAUCUGUACCUGAUAUGUGUUUUAGAAGAAGUGGUGCAGGUGUUGGCGUAUUAGAUGGAAUUCUAUAUGCUGUUGGUGGUCAUGAUGGUCCAUUAGUAAGAAAAUCAGUUGAAACAUAUGACCCACUCAAAGAUCAGUGGAUGCCUAUAAGUGACAUGGCCCUGUGCCGCCGGAACGCAGGCGUGGUGGCGCUGAACGGACUGUUGUACGUGGUGGGCGGCGACGACGGUUGCAGCAACCUGGCCUCGGUCGAAGUCUACAACCCGAAGACGGAUUCGUGGAAUAUGCUGCCCAGUUGCAUGGGCAUCGGCCGCAGCUAUGCCGGCGUGGCCGUCAUCGAUAAGCCCAUUUGAAAGUCGGACUCUGUUGGCGGCGGGACCGUGGCUACGCAAUUGGUUUCGAUGGCUGGCAGGUACGCUAACUGUGAA